AUGGGCAUUAGGUUUGUAAAAGGGAGGCUUUAUGUUGAAAUGGCAACGGCUAGAAUUGGGAGGGAAAUCGGAGACGCCGUGAUCAAGGCGUCGAAGAACCCUAACCGGAGAUGGUACGGACCUCACAUGGCCGCAUCGGUUCGAGCAAUCUCGGAACGCAUACCGUUGGUCGAUUUCGUACUCGAGAUCAGAGACGCUCGUAUUCCGUUGUCCUCUGAGUAUGAGUUGUUGAGAAAGUUUUCGCCUUUACCUUCAAAACGGAUUGUUGUGUUGAACAAGAUGGAGCUUGCGGAUCCAUUGGAGUUACAGAAAUGGAUGGAUUACUUUCAAGGAAGAAACUAUCUGUCUUUUGCAGUAAACUCACAUAACAAAGAUUGUGUCAAGCAAUUUCUCAACUUCUUGCAGAGUCAAGUUAGGGAAUUGCACAAGUCUGGCCAUUCUAAUCACACCACAACUAUGAUGCUCCUUGGGAUACCUAACGUGGGAAAAUCCGCUCUCGCCAAUUCUCUGCAUCAAAUCGGGAGGAUAAGUGCUGCAGAGAAAGGUAAGCUAAAGCACACAACAGUUAGUCCGCAGCCUGGAGAUACCAAAGACAUUAUGAGCUUGAAGAUCGGUAGCCAUCCCAAUGUCUAUGUACUGGACACACCAGGAAUAUUCCCUCCUACUCUGCUUGAUGUUGAGAUCUGCUCAAAACUGGCUUUAACAGGAGCUAUCCCGGAUGAUAUAGUUGGGGAGAUAGAACUAGCAAGAUUCUUUCUGACGAUACUAAACUCGAGCCAUGAAUACAAGAAAUGGGAGAAACUUUGCAAAUCUCAGGACUUAACGGAAACGUUAUCCAGUGAAAGUUUAUCUAAUGCACAACGUAAGAGGCAGUACCCUACAGAUCACACACAGGAUUUUAUAGUUUACGACGUUCGGAGAGUUCUGUACGAGACAGUUUCAGCAUUUGACGGGGACUUUGAAGACGAGAUCAGCAUGGGAGAGCUUAUAGAGACGCAAUUCGCUGCGUUAAGAACGGUUCUUAGGGUUACAGAGGAAGCAAGUGAGUUUGCUGAACUCAGAGUUGCUUCUAAGAUAUUGAAUCUUUAUAGAACUGGUAGACUUGGGCAUUACACGUUGGAACACGUUUCUGCUUUAGCCAAAUCUUAACACAAAAGCCUUUUAUAAAGAUUUAUGUGAUUCUAUUAUUCAAAUAUGCUUUCUUUGCUGUCUGUUAAUCAAAAAUGAUUUUUUUUUUAUUAACAGACGGUAAAGAACAGGGCUGUAAAGUUCUUAACUAAAGAUUUGCAGUUUUGUCAUCUAA